AUGGGGCAGACGCUGCAAGCAGAGCACAGUGAGGAGAUUGACAUCAAAGCACUGCAGGAUAUGUAUAGAAAGUUUGUCAUGGAGUGCCCGAGCGGACUUCUUUUUCUGCACGAGUUCAAGCGCUUCUUCGGCGUGGACCCGACGGGAGAGGCGUCCGACUAUGCUGAAAACAUGUUUCGAGCCUUUGACAAAAACGGGGACAACACCAUCGAUUUCCUGGAGUUUGUGGCAGCUCUCAAUCUGGUUUUCCGAGGCGACCUGGAACAUAAACUGCGCUGGUCGUUCAAGGUGUACGACAAAGACGGCAAUGGCUUCGUGGACAGGGACGAGCUGCGGGCAAUAAUUGAUAGCAUCUACAGGAUUAAGAAAGGCUCAAGGACGGACACGAGCAGUUGUCAGCCUUCAGUGGACGAGGCUGUGGAUCGUCUGUUGCAGGCGGUGGACAGCGACGGAGACGGUCAUAUUAACAUGGAGGAGUUCAUCCGAGGUGCACAGCAGGACCCCUGGGUGCUCAACAUGCUGAAGCUGGACAUGAACCCUGCAGGAUGGGUGCUGGAGCAGAGGAGGCGGAGCGCACACUUCUGA